GUAGGGUUAUUCUGUAAGCAGAAAGGGGCUCGUGGGGUCCAGAAGCUCGGGCUUUUUGAGCUUCACAUUUGCUCUGUAAACAAUCAGCUUUUUUUGAAGAGUAUUACUAUUUCUUGUUGUUAUUGUGUUGUUAUUGUGUUGUAUUGUGACUGUGUGGUAAUUGAUUGAACUAAUGUACUCCGACGAUGAUCCACAGCAGCUAGCGCAGCAAGUCGCGCAGCAAGAGCAAGAAGACCAGGACCAGCAGCAGCAGCAGCAGCAGCAGCAGCAACCACACGACGCCCAACAAGUGCAAUACGAGCAGAUCCUCGAGUCAGGCGGGCAUUAUGGCGCAGCAGCGGCGGUCGCUGCUUCAGGCGGAGCGCCGGCUGCUACCUUUGUCGGCGGCGCGUUUGCGAAUGUCGCGCAGGGAUUGUCCGGGCAUUAUCGGAAUAUCAUGAUGAGUUAUUGGCAGGAGACUAUUAAUUCGAUUGAGCGGGAUGAGCAUGAGUUUAAGAUCCAUCAGCUGCCUCUUGCGCGGAUAAAGAAAGUAAUGAAAGCAGACGAAGACGUCAAGAUGAUCUCCGCCGAAGCCCCGAUCCUCUUCGCCAAAGGCUGCGACAUCUUCAUCACCGAGCUCACGAUGCGGGCCUGGAUCCACGCGGAGGAAAACAAGCGGCGCACGCUGCAGCGGUCCGAUAUCGCGAACGCGCUGCAAAAGUCGGAUAUGUUUGAUUUCUUGAUUGAUAUCGUGCCCCGCGAGGAGGCGGUGAAUACUAGUCGCAAGAGUUUGUGAUGCUGUGUGUUGAGAGGGUAUGUGUAGAUUAGUUUGUGCUUAUUUGGAGUUUAAUGGAUGUGUAUCUGUUUGUUUGUUUGUUUGUUUGUUUGUUUGUUUGU